UCUAUUGGGAGAAGGUCAAAUGACUCCGCAUGUCUGCUUUUGUUUGCGUCCCCGUGAUGGUGCGCUCCUGAUGAAGAAACGCUUACACCAAAUAAUUUCUCUGAACUGGCAAUUCAUGACCGUCCGAAGCGGGUUCUCCAGCUGCGUCGUCCUAAAAAUACCAGGAUUACCAGUGUUUGUUCUUUUUCGGACUACUACUUGAAGGCAGGCAGUACAAACCGUCUGAAAAGUCGACAUCAAAGCUAAAGCUCCCCAAGCCUGCAAGGAGAAGAAAGAAGACACUGUCAGGAUGUUUAGCACCAAAAGGCUGAAGAAGAAGUCUCAGUCGGUGGAUAUUGCCAGCCAAGGUUUCUCCCCAACUCUGGUGCCAGCCUCACCCCUUAACAAGGCUGCUGCACCUGUUGUCAAGACAACCAACAUUCUUGAUGUGCAGGAAAAAAACACCACCAACUCCCAUCGCAGCCCCCGGUGUGGCGAGCUGAAGAGAGGCUAUACCAUAGAUACCGGCCAGAAGAAGACUCCAGAGAAGAAGGAUGGGAGGCGCAUGUCAUUCCAGAGACCCAAAGGGACUAUUGAGUAUUCUGUGGAAUCCCGGGACACGUUGAACAGCAUUGCACUCAAGUUUGAUACCACACCCAACGAGCUGGUUCAGCUUAACAAGCUUUUCUCCAGGGCAGUGGUGCCUGGCCAGGUUCUCUAUGUUCCUGACCCUGAGUAUGUCUCCAGUGUCGGAAGCUCCCCUUCCCUCAGUCCCAUCAGCCCCCUGUCUCCAACCUCCUCAGAAGCAGAUUUAGAGAAGGCGACAGACUCAGAUGCCCAGCACAGGCCAGAGGGUUUUCAACCCCCAGUGUUCCCCACCCUGCACCAGUCCAGAGUGGUGUCAUCCACCUCCGAGGAGGAAGAGGCCCUUACAGAGAAGUUCCUCAAAAUCAACUGCAAAUACAUCACUGAGGCCAAGGGUGCAGUGAGUGGCGUGUUGCUGGUGACGCCCAACAAUAUUAUGUUUGAUCCUCACCGGAUGGACCCACUGGUUCAGGCCCAUGGGUGCGAGGAGUAUGGUAUUAUGUGCCCUCUGGAGGAGAUCCAGUCUGCAGCCAUCUUCAAGGAGAUCACUGACCCCAAGAUCAGAGAAGCUUUACCAGAUGACCUGGAGCCUCUUUCUGCUGAAAGACAUCCCUCCCAGCAGAGGGACCCAGAUCAGCGCCUGAGGGAGCCAGGGGCACAUGACAGCAGCAGCACGGCCCCACGCAGCACAGAGGGCUCUGUUUCUGAAGACGUUUUCACGGAGCCAGAGCUGUCCCCCAUUCGUGAGGAGGAACAAGCGUCUAAUGAGGACCUACGCCAGGACAAGUCUUCUGAUGCUUCCUUAGAUUCUGUGACAACUGUCACCAAGGAAACCAUCAGUGAUAAAUCCCGGGUCCACAGUUCAACCAGUCAGCCGGAGGAGCUUGCAGUGGCAAAAGAUGCAGAUAAUCCUCAAGACACUGCCACAGAACAUGAUAGCAAGUCCCCCAUGGGAUCCAAGCAGCACAGUGUAGAAAAGCCACCAAGCACACCAACUACCACCAGCAGCAUCACUAGCCAGGCCCAGGUUCCCAGCAGCAGCACCUCACAUGAGGGUUCCUCAAGCUUAGCCAUCCCUGAUGCCACAAAUCCCACCUCUGUUUUAGGCAGUCCACAGGGGGGUUUCAGUGAUGGGGCAGACCCCUCUAAAACAGACUCUAUGCAAAUAGGCAAGGAGGUAAAAGGGGAUGAAGAGCAGACACAAGAGGAAGGCGUGCCGAACUCGCCAGAUGGUACGCGAAGUCGAAAGCACCGUUCUCAUAAAUUCCUUUGUCUGAGGGUGGGGAAGCCCAUGAAGAAGACGUUUGUUUCAAACGCCAGCGCCACCAUGCAACAAUACGCCCAGCAGGGCAAGAAACACGAGUACUGGUUUUCUGUUCCGCAGGAGAGGUCAGAUCACCUUUACGUGUUUUUUAUGCAGUGGAGCCCAGACAUGUAUGGUGAGGGGGUAAGGGGAAUGGGACAAGACCCUGGAUUUAUGGUUGUCAAGAAGAAUGAGGCAUCAGAAAUGGCCUUGGAUGAGCCCAUCACUGACCUCAAUAUUAAAGAAUGGGAGGUAGUGUCUAUGACGGAGUACCACCGUCGGAUUGAUGCACUUAACAGUGAAGAUCUGCGCUCUCUCUGCAAACGACUCCAGAUCACCACCAAGGAAGAGGUCAGCUCCAAACACGGCACAUCUGUCAAGACAGAGCUGGAGCCGGAAACAUUCAAACCCAACCUAAGAGAACCAAGUGAUCUCUUGGAGGCUGACCAGAUAGAGAAGUUGGCAAAGAAUCUCCCACCGCGGACCAUUGGGUACCCCUGGACACUAGCUUUUGGCACAUCCAAGCAUGGCAUGAGCAUUAAGACGCUGUACAGAGCCAUGCAGGGUCAAGACACCCCUGUCCUCAUGGUUAUUAAGGACAGUGACGGCCAGGUGUUUGGUGCACUAGCAUCUGAGCCCUUAAAAGUCAGCGAUGGCUUUUACGGCACAGGAGAGACCUUCCUUUUCACAUUCAAUCCAGAGUUUGAGGUGUACAAAUGGACAGGAGACAACAUGUUCUUCAUCAAAGGAGACAUGGACUCCUUAGCUUUCGGUGGAGGAAGUGGCGAGUUUGGCCUUUGGCUGGAUGGAGACCUCUACCAUGGCAGGAGUCACUCCUGUAAAACAUUUGGGAACCCAAUGCUCUCAAAAAAGGAGGAUUUCUAUGUGCAGGACAUAGAGAUCUGGGCUUUUGAAUAACAGAACAGUUUACCACAGGGAAUAAUAAGCUCUGCAAAAGGUUCCUUUAGAAUGAUGGCAAUGUCCCAAACCCAACUGCACAUCACCAGGGCUCCCCAGGCCAGAAGCCAGUUAUCGGAUGCUUGUUGUGCAUUACUACUUCAGUUAUUAUGGAGCUUUUUCUCUUUGUGAAAAAUUUCCUUGUGUGUAUCUUGUUGCAGCGUUGCGCAUUGUCUUUGCAAAGUAGGGGAGUGUGUCAAGCAGUAAAUUGGUGAGAUGAGGUCGUCGUAGAAAGAAGAGGAAAGAUGAGCGAGGAUGGGACCAUCAGGCCUUGAUGAGGAAAGCACCACAUGGGAUCCCUUCACCUGAGAGCUGGUGGAGAUGAUGGCAACUGAGGUUUGGGUUUCCUGCAAGAAGAAAGACUUGCCAUACAAGUCAAGAUUGUGCAUCUGAACCUCAAGGUCCCUGGCACGCUCACAGACCCCUUAGAACUUGAUUCAUUUGGCUGGAUUUUACUAACUGUGCAGUCAGCCUUAAUGAAUGGAGACACAGAGAGAAAGUAAAGAGACAAAACUAAACACAUUCCAUUCCUCUUGGUGAUGUGAAGUGUCAAAAUAAAGUUGUGAGUCGUGGUAAACACCAAUACACCAAACUCUGUAGCCGCAGAAUGCAAUGACAGAUCUCAGAGGAGAGAAACUGUUUCCUGGGUUGGUUAGUCUUUUUACAGUACUGUUUUGGGUUUCCUUCUGAAGUUAAACUAUAGAGUAUUGUGAAUUGUAGCCCUCCUGUUGUUCACUGUCAUAGCACACCAUCUGAAAGCACAUACAGUAGCUAUAAUCAGAAUACCCAUUGUCGUAAUGUUCUGUUCACUGGGUGUACCUGUGAGUCCAGCUUAUACCAGCUUCCCCUGGAUGCUGACUAUACUGUUUGUAGACAGUAAUGUGUUGCAAUAGAUUUGUGGAAUAUGCAAAUAACUGUCCUGUGACCUCAAAUACCCACAGGUCGUGGCACUUUUGCCACUGCUUGGCACUCUUUUGAAAGACAAAAUUGUAAAAGCUUUUAUGUCUUAUACACAAUUGCUUUUCUGGGUAUCAUUUGAAGAGCCUGAGACGUUGCGAACCAUUUAACCUGCUUAUAAGAUUAUUGAAUAUUGCCAUAUUUUAUUUAUGUAUAUAUAUAUAUAUAUAUAUAUCUACAUAUAUAUGUGUGCAUAUAUAUAUAUACACACACAUAUGCAUAUAUAUGUAUAUAUAUGUAUAUAUACAUAUAUACAUAUAUAUAUUGCUGUUAAGUGUGACAGUGAUCUAUCUGUGCUGAAAUUUCAGCUGCUAAAAUAUAAUGUACAUUACCCUGUAAAUUAAUGUUAAAAUAGAUUUGUCCCUCAGACAUACAUAUAAACACCAUUAUUUAAAUCUAUAUUUCAUUAUAUAAAUAUAUAUAAUGCUAUAAGUAUAUAUAUAUAUAUAUAAAUAUAUAUAUAUUGUAAUUAUGAUAAAGUGUGGUUGCUUUUAGCACUUCAAUCUGGUGUAAAAGUUUUAAGGCCAGGUUCUGAUAGUCUAAUAGCAGUAGCUGUACAGUACUUUUUGGGUCAGAUCUUUAAGAUGGUACCGUUGGAAGAAAGUUUGAUGCUACAACUGUCAAUACGGAAAAGCUCUAAUGCUCUCUGUGUUUUAAAAAGAGAAUUACUUUAACAUUGGAUGGGGUAGGAAGGGUUGCAUAAAUUGGCAUCAGGGCUCUCUCUAGUGAGUCUCAUUUGUGUGGCGUACAGAGUGACUGACCUCUGACAGGUGGGCUAGGGAACAUGUAAACAGUAUGUAACCUUCCCUUCAGGAGCUUUCUUCCCCCUUUUCUGGUCUUCCACACCAGUAUUUGUGUCCUUGUGAAGAGUCACAAAAAGUAAUAUGGAUAUUUCUUCCAAUUAGUUCACCAGAAUAAAAUGUAACAGUGGUAUUUAAAUAACAAUAAAUCUGAGUAAAAUGUUGUGACCUCA